AUGCAGUCUGAACAGGUCAGUUUUUCGUCUGUGACGAAAGAUGUGAGUUUCCGCACUCCUGAUGUCAGUGGGGAGCUGGGACAGCAACAAUUCCCCACAAGUUCCAGUGCUAGGAUCGGGACUGACUUUGCAGCUACAUGUAUGAUCAUUAACACAGAUGAAGUUACAGCAGAUGACCCUCCUACUGGAUAUUAUCUGGAACUGUUGUACCCAAAGAACAGUAUCACCAGGAUCAACAAAACGGCUCUCAGUGUCACUGUCCCCAUCACCAGUGAAAAACGUGAAUGGUUAUUGUGCCGCUGCAAGAAUGUGUCAGCCUAUGUUGUCCUGAACAAAAGCAGAUUUAUGCACGGGCUCUACCUUAAGAAAGGCUGUAAGUUUUUGUUAUCAGAACCUAAAACCCCAUUGCUACACCUUGUUGUGUCUUUUGUUGCAGUGAAAACAAACCCUCCAUCAGAUGUCAUAGUCAUUCCAGAAAGGACGUUUCCUACCUCCCUUCUGAUAAAUUGGGCUCAUCCUAUUGAUGAAGUUUAUGUGAAAUUAACAUAUGAAAUCAGAUUCUGCCCAAGUGGAUCUCAAAAUUGGACUUAUGUACCGCUUGUGGACACUGCCAAAGGUAUACAGUCCUUCAGGCUACAGAACCUUCAGCCAGACACAGUUUAUGACACUCAGGUGCGCUGCAAAAAUGCUAUAGAACGUGGUUACUGGAGCAACUGGAGUACCAAUGCUACUGAGAGAACACCAGAGGACCAACCAAGAAGUAAACCGGAUUUAUGGAGAAACAUCACUGAGGAUGAGAGCACAGCACGACAAGUGCAGUUUAUUUGUAAGGAUCCUGUGCUCUCCAACGGGAGGAUAAUAAGAUUUGACAUAAAGAUUCAAAACCACAAGGAUAAAGUCAAGAAUAGAAGUGGGGAGUUGGAGAGUAUCCCAGUCAACAGGUCGGAGGCAGACCCCAGCCCUAGCCAGCGCAAAAUCACUAUUCUUAAACAGAUUUCCCUGGAUGACAAGAAAUCCGUGGAAGUGUACGUCACUGCCGUCAAUUCUGUGGGAAAAUCUCCUGAGGCAUCGUUAGUCAUCACUGAAAAAGCAAAUGAGCUCUCUACAGUUAAAGACCUGAAAGUGCAGCCAAAUGGGGGCCAGCUGUGUCUGGAAUGGAAACCCCCUGCCAGACCUGUGUCAGAGUAUGUGGUGGAGUGGGUCAAUGGUAGUCAGAUAGACUGGCAGAGAGAAAAAGGAAGUACCACCAACACUGUCAUUAAAGGCAGCCUGGAGAAGUUUGUCUGCUACACUGUAUCUGUGUAUCCAUUAUACUCUGGAGUGACUGGGAAGCCAGCGAGUAAAGAAGCCUUUCUGGAGGAAGGAGUUCCAUUGGAAGGCCCAGCUGUUAAACUGAAAGGUAAACCAGGAUGUAACGAGGCAGAGCUGGUGUGGAACGAGAUUCCCCAACACAGCCGACAAGGCUUCAUCACAAACUACACGAUAUUCUACACAAGUGGGACCAAAACACACAACAUAACAGUGCCAGCUAACACCACCUCAUACACUCUGAAGUCACUGUCACGCAACACCAAGUAUGAUACUUGGGUCAUAGCUUCAACCAUCCAAGGCUCAAAGACAGGCUUUAAUCACUCAUUUACUACUCUGAAAUAUGUAAACAUUUCUUUCCAACUUCCUCCUCUACAGACAGAGACACCGAAGGAGAACUGUCUGUCUGGCAUCAGUGUGCUUGAUGUAGAUGUGUGUGAUGGAAAAUGUGGGUCGGAGGACGACAAGGCCAGUCUGCCUCUGAAGAAGGACAAGUACCUGUCUGAAGAGCACAGCAGCGGCAUUGGCGGCUCCUCUUGCAUGUCCUCACCUCUUAACAAUGGCUGCAGAGGAGCUUGA